GUUUGCUGCCGAACACGGAUGAUGCUGCUGGUCCAGCGACUGACGACGACGGCGACGACGCGCCGGGCGGCGAUGGUCCGCGGGCUGGCGACCGUCGCGCCCUUUCACUUGGCCGUGCCCGUGCACAGCCUCGCGGAAGCACAAGCCUUUUACGGCGGCAAGCUCGGCUUUACCGAAGGCCGGUCGUCGGCGCACUGGCAGGACUACAACAUGCUUGGGCAUCAGCUGGUCAUCCACGCUGUGGGCCCCGAGUACCGCGGGCGCGACUACCACAACCCCGUGGACAUGGAUGACGUUCCCGUGCCCCACUUUGGCGUGUGCUUGACGGUCGACGAAUUCCACGCGCUCGCCCAGCGCGUCCAAGCGGCGGCCAUCCCGUUCGUCGUGCAGCCGCAUCUGCGCUUUGAAGGUCGUCCGGGGGAGCAGUGGACCAUGUUCUUCAAGGACCCGAGCAACAACAACCUCGAGUUCAAGGCCAUGACCAACCCUGCCAACCUCUUUGCCAAGUACGUUGAAAAAUAGGGUUGAGACUAGGAUGGAAAGGUUGUCUUUCGGGUCCCUUCGUCUAGUGAUCGCAUCUUGUUCUCUACAAAGC